AUGGGAAAGAAGAUUGCUCACCAGAAACCUCAAUUUAUCGUCCCAUUUGGCCGGAAUGCAAACUUUGUUGGCAGAGACGAGAUGUUAACGCAACUUCUCGAAAGGAUUCCCCCGUCUGCUUAUGGCGAUACCUGUCAAAGGACAGCUAUCUUCGGUCUCGGAGGGGUUGGCAAAACACAGGUUGCGAUCGAAGCCGCCUAUCGCGUUCGCGACGUAUACCCGGACUGCUCGGUGUUCUGGGUGCCGGCCGUGGACAUGGUCAUGUUUGAGAACGCUUAUCGCGACAUCGGCCGACAGCUCAGCAUCCAAGGCAUUGAGGACGACGAAGCGGACGUCAAAGGAUUGGUCAAAGCUGCCCUAGAACGACAUGAUGUUGGCAGCUGGCUUCUUAUUAUCGAUAAUGCCGACGAUAUGAAUAUGCUGUUUACCAGCUCUAAGUUGAUAUCGCAGCUGCCCUCUAAUCGAAGAGGAUCUAUUCUGCUUACAACACGGAACCGCCAAGCUGCGGCACGAUUUACUCGCGAUAGUGUUAUGCUUCUCCCGCAAAUGGGUAUCGACGAAGCUACUCAACUCUUGCACAGCGGCUUAGAAGAAAGCCAGUUUGACCAUGAUCAAAGUACGGCACAGUUACUCGAACACCUUACAUACCUGCCUCUAGCUAUUCGGCAAGCAUCUGCUUAUAUGGCUACGAACACGAAUGUGACUAUUACUCGAUAUCUCGAAUAUUGUAGGUCUAGUGACGAUACCCUAGUAAGACUGCUUAGCAAAGACUUCGAAGACCAAGGUCGAUACGAGGAUAUUCAGAAUCCGAUAGCCACGACAUGGCUGAUCUCUUUUGAGCAUAUAUCAAGGGACAACCGACUAGCAGCAGAUUACCUUAGCUUUAUGUGUUACCUCGCAGAAAAAGAUAUUCCUAGAGCUCUUUUACCGCCUAGUGACGACAGUAUUAAUAUUGAUAGCGAUAUGGACGCCGAUGAAGCAAUAAGCAUGCUGAUGGCUUACGCGUUCAUCCAGAAGCGCGACACUGCGAAUAGGUUCGACAUCCAUCGACUGGUACGCUUAAUUAUGCGCAACUGGCUGAGGGAGCGAGGGAAGGAAGAAGAUGAGGUGACGGAGACGAUCUACUGGCUUGGAAAGAGGCUUCCUUGGCCAGAUCACCUGAACAGAGAAGUGUGGCUAGCCUAUUUUCCACAUGCGCAAGCGGCCCUUCAGGUUCAGGAUCGAUGCACAGACGAAGAAGCAUUAUGGAAUCUGUUGUCUAUUACAGGAGAAAUUCAUGAGCUUCUCGGAAAGUAUGGCGAGGCGGAGCAUAUUGAGCGAAAAAUACUGGAACUAAAGCAGAAAGUGCUAGGAAUCGAGAAUCCUAGGACACUCAAUAGUAUGAAUAACCUAGCAGUCGUGCUUGAAAGACAAGGACAGUAUGAAGAGGCAGAGCAUAUACAUCGGCAGACGCUAGAAAUACGGCAGAAGGUGCUAGGACUUGAGAAUCAUGACACACUCAUUAGUAUGAAUAACCUAGCAUUUGUGCUUGAAAGCCAGGGACAGUAUGAAGAGGCAGAGCAUAUAUAUCGGCAGACGCUAGAACUAGGGCAGAAGGUGCUAAGACUUGAGAAUCCUGACACACUUAUUAGCAUGAAUAAUCUAGCAUCUGUGCUUGAAAGCCAGGGACAGUAUGAGGAGGCAGAGCAUAUACAUCGGCAGACGCUAGAACUACGGCAGAAGGUGCUAGGACUUGAGAAUCCUAGCACACUUACUAGCAUGAAUAACCUAGCAUUUGUGCUUGAAAGCCAGGGACAGUAUGAAGAGGCAGAACGGAUACAUCGGCAGACGCUGGAACUACGGCAGAAGGUGUUAGGGCUUAAGCAUCCUGACACACUUAUUAGCAUGGGCGUCUUGGCGGACGUAUUGAGAGAACAAGGGAAAUUUGAAGAGGCAGAGCAGAUGGAUGAACAGGCAUUAGAGCUAAAAGUGGAACAGAGAGAUGUGAUCCACGCCAGUGGGAGCGAAGACCACUACGGGCCUCCCCAAGGCUAUGCAGCGUGGAAGAGACCAUCGUGCUAUCUCCAUACAUCAGUACACGAGCUGAGGGAGAAGGUACUGGGAUCGGGGCGUCCUUUGAGUUUUAGGGCAGACGACAAUCUACCUGCUAGUUUAGAAGACUGGACAGACUGUAGUUCUACGGCUUCGGUAGACUGA